AUGAUGUCCAAAAUGCUAGUGGCAUUUGUGCUCACUUGUCUAUUUUAUGUUGGUUGUGCUCAACAGUCAACGGUUUCAGCACUUUUCGCUUUUGGAGACUCAAUAUUAGAUACUGGGAACAAUAAUCUUCUUGCAACUCUUACCAAGGUCAAUUUUUUUCCAUACGGUAGAGAUUUAGGUGGACUACCUACCGGAAGAUUUGGAAACGGGAGAGUUUUUUCAGAUAUGAUAGCCGAAGGUUUGGGAUUGAAGAAUCUCUUACCAGCAUAUCGUAACCCAGCCCUCUCAAGCAACGAUCUAGUGACUGGUGUGUGUUUUGCAUCUGGUGGAUCUGGACUUGAUUCUAUCACUGCCAGGAUACAGGGGGUUAUAUGGGUGCAAGAUCAAGUGAGAGAUUUUCAUAACUACAUCACUAGACUAAACGGUGUAGUAGGGAGUCAAGAGAAAACAAAUGAAAUUAUAUCAAAUGCGGUAUAUUUAAUCUCAGCGGGGAAUAAUGAUAUUGCUAUCACAUAUUUCACUACGGGAACUAGAAGGUUACAAUACACUCUUCCAGCAUACACUGAUCUUCUAGUCACUUGGACUCGUGAUCUAAUAAAGAGUCUAUACGAUAUGGGUGCAAGAAAAUUUGCGGUUAUGGGAACACUACCGCUAGGUUGCUUACCGGGAGCAAGAAGCUCGAUUGCAAACUUAUUCAAAGUCUGUGAAAUGUUUUCAAAUCAAGCAGCUGCUAUGUUUAACCAGAAAUUAUCUGCUGAACUUGACAAUCUUGGCGCAACAUUUCCGGGUGCCAAAUUCAUGUACGUAGAUAUGUACAAUUCUCUUAUGGGUCUCAUCAACAACCCUCAAGCUUCAGGGUUCGUUGAUGCAGCUGAUGGAUGUUGUUGCACACCAACGUCUAUAAUGCCGUGCUUAGAUGCGUCUCUUUACGUGUUUUGGGAUAUUGCCCAUCCGACCCAGAAGUCAUACCAAACGAUCACGCCAAAUAUUAUUCAAGAUAUCAAAGCAAAGCUCGCAUGA